CCCCGCCCCCCGCCGUGGUCUUUUCCCCCCUUCCCCUUCCCGAGCGGUCUGUUCGGUGCCGGGUCGGCUCCCAAGAUGGCGUCUAUCAUGGAGGGGCCGCUGAGUAAGUGGACCAACGUGAUGAAGGGCUGGCAGUACCGCUGGUUCGUGCUGGACUACAACGCGGGGCUGCUCUCCUACUACACGUCAAAGGACAAAAUGAUGAGAGGGUCCCGCAGAGGCUGUGUGAGACUCAGGGGAGCUGUGAUUGGUAUAGACGAUGAGGACGACAGCACCUUCACAAUAACUGUUGAUCAGAAAACCUUCCAUUUCCAGGCUCGAGAUGCUGAUGAGAGAGAGAAGUGGAUUCAUGCUUUAGAAGAAACUAUUCUUCGUCAUACCCUUCAGCUUCAGGGUGUGGAUUCAGGAGUGGUUCCCAGUGUUCAUGAUUUUGAUAAGAAACUUACGGAGGCAGAUGCUUAUUUACAGAUCUUGAUAGACCAGCUGAAGUUGUUCGAUGAAAAGCUUCAUAACUGCAAAGAUGAUGAACAGAGAAAAAAAAUUGAAAAUCUCAAAGAAACAACUAAUAGCAUGGUAGAAUCAAUAAAACACUGCAUUGUGUUGCUACAGAUUGCUAAAGACCAAAAUAAUGAGGAGAAGCACGCAGAUGGACUGAUAAGUACUAUUAACCCUGUUGAUGCAGUGUACCAGCCUAGUCCUUUGGAACCAGCAGUGAUCAACACAAUGCCUACCCAGUCUGUCAUACCUCCAGAACCUUCUCAGUUGUGCAAAUCAGAGCAGCGACCAUCAUCCUUGCCAGUUGGGCCAGCAGUAGCAUCACUAGGAAAUCAGACUCCAACACCAAAUAGUACAGGAAGUGGACAGUCGGCACCUAGCAGCAGUUUAACUUCUCCAAGCCAUGUCAACCUGUCUCCAAAUACAGUUCCAGAUUUUUCUUAUUCCAGCAGCGAAGAUGAAUUCUAUGAUGCUGAUGAAUUCUAUCAGAGCAGUUCCUCUCCAAAGCGAUGUGUGGAUUCCUCAGGGUCUGCUGCUCUCCUCACUCACAGCAGCACGGGAAGUAGCCUAAAACGCCCAGACACAACAGAGUCCCUUAAUUCUUCCAUGUCUAAUGGGACAAAUGAUGCAGAUCUCUUUGAUCCUCCCGAUGACAGAGAUGAUGACGGUGAAGGGGAGUCAGUGGAAGAACAUAAGAGUGUUAUCAUGCAUCUGCUUUCACAGGUCAGGUUAGGAAUGGAUCUAACAAAGGUGGUUCUCCCAACGUUUAUUCUGGAGAGAAGAUCACUUUUGGAAAUGUAUGCUGACUUCUUUGCACAUCCGGAUUUAUUUGUGAGUAUUAGUGACCAGAAGGAUCCAAAAGACCGAAUGGUGCACGUGGUUAAGUGGUACCUCUCAGCUUUUCAUGCAGGAAGAAAAGGAUCUGUUGCUAAGAAGCCUUACAAUCCUAUUUUGGGUGAAAUCUUUCGAUGUCAUUGGGUAUUACCAGGCACUGAAAAUGAGGAUGACACGGAGCCAGUGUCAGAGGGACCAAUCCCUUGGGUCAGCAGAAACACUGUAACAUUUGUGGCAGAGCAGGUUUCCCACCAUCCUCCAAUUUCAGCAUUUUAUGCCGAGUGUUUCAACAAGAGGAUACAAUUCAAUGCUCAUAUAUGGACCAAGUCAAAGUUCUUAGGAAUGUCUAUUGGUGUUCACAAUAUCGGGCAAGGGUGUGUUUCAUGCCUGGACUAUGAUGAGCACUAUAUUUUGACUUUCCCCAAUGGUUAUGGAAGAUCGAUUCUCACAGUGCCAUGGAUAGAGCUGGGUGGCGAGUGCAAUAUUACUUGCUCAAAAACGGGCUAUAAUGCUAGCAUCACUUUCCACACUAAACCGUUCUAUGGAGGAAAGAAGCACAGGGUCACAGCUGAUAUUUUCUACCCAAAUGACAAGAGAUCCUUCUGCUCCAUUGAAGGGGAAUGGAAUGGCGUCAUGUAUGCAAAAUAUGCAACAGGGGAGAACAUAGUCUUCAUAGAUACCAAGAAAAUGCCUACAAUUAAGAAGAAGGUAAGGAAACUGGAGGACCAAGAGGAAUAUGAGUCUCGCUGCCUAUGGAAAGAUGUAACUCACAACUUAAAAGUCAGAGACAUCGAUGCAGCUACUGAUGCAAAGCACAGACUUGAAGAAAAACAAAGAGCUGAAGCCAGAGCGAGAAAGGAGAAUGAGACGUCAUGGGAAACACGGUUAUUCCAUGAAGAUGGAGAAUGUUGGGUUUAUGAUGAGCCGCUACUGAAACGACUUGUUGCCAGCAAACACUAGGUGUUUUAUAAACCCCUAAAACAUGCAGGCCUUGGCUUAGUGAAGUUUACAUCUGAUACCAGGAUAGCCAUCACUUAUCAAGUAUGGGCUUGUGGAGAACCUGUCCCCUCCAGUAACAGUGGUUCCUAUCUCAGGGAUACUGGACUUACUGAUGCAGAUGAACAAUUAAAACAGAAAACUUCUUGACUAGGACAGUAACUUAUGUUGGGACUCUGCCAUUCAAAUAGUGCAUUCAGGCUUCAGAGGCAGGAUGUCUGAGCCUUUUUUUUUCCAUGCUUCAGAAGCAUAAAUAAUCUGGGCUGUGGAACAUACACUCUGUAUAACCACUGUGAAGGACAUGAUGACAUCUGGUAUCAGUUGCAUAAUAUUCCUGGGUCCUACAUAUACAAAAUGCAAGACUUCAUUUAAAUUGUUAUGUUUGCAAUGUGUAAAUAUGAGGAUUCCUUUGAUUGGACAGUUUAUUAGACAGUGCUCCAUCAAUGUUACCUACCACCUGUAUGAUAAAUCAAACCCCCUUGGCAGUCCGGUGUCUCACCCAAAAUAACUUUGGUAUUUUAUUUUAGAGAAGAAAAAUGUAACCAUAGAUUACAAUUUACGCAGUGCAUCUCAAAGCUUCAUAAAAUAGAUUUUUCAAACUUC